CGCCCCCCAGCUGCGGGCGCCCGGCCGCUGGCUGCGCUAGGACCCGCCGCCGCCGGUCGCCGAGGGCUGGUAGGAAGGGAGGAGCGGGAGCGAAAGGGCCCCGGAGACUGGCGCCCGCCGGGGCGCAGCGCGGCAUGUAGCUGCGGGCUCCCGCGCGAGGGUGUCGGCCCGGCCCCGCCAUGGCUGGGACGGACAGCGGGAACCUGAAGACGGUGAGGCUGUGGCGGGACGCCGCCCUGCGCGCCAGGAAGCUGCGGAGCAACCUGCGGCAGCUCAGCCUCAGCGCGGCCGGGGGCUGCCCGGGCACCGACCAGCUCGACUCUCCCGACGCGCCCCAGCUUGUGCUGCCGGCCAACAUCGGGGACAUUGAGGUGCUGAACCUGGGGAACAACGGCCUGGAGGAGGUGCCCGACGGGCUGGGCUCGGCGCUGGGCAGCCUCCGCGUCCUGGUCCUGCGCCGGAACCGCUUCGCCCGGCUGCCCCCAGCGGUGGCAGAGCUGGGCCAUCACCUAACCGAGCUGGACGUGAGCCACAACCGGCUGAGCGUCCUAAGCGCCGAGGUGGUGAGCGCUCUGCGCGAGCUGAGGAAGCUCAACCUCAGCCACAACCAGCUGCCCGCCCUGCCCGCCCAGCUGGGUGCGCUGGUCCACCUGGAGGAGCUGGACGUCAGCUUUAACCGCCUGGCGCACCUGCCCGACUCCCUCUCCUGCCUCUCCCGCCUGCGCACCCUCGACGUGGACCACAACCAGCUCACGGCUUUUCCGUGGCAGCUGCUGCAGCUGGCGGCCCUGGAGGAGCUCGAUGUGUCCAGCAACCGGCUGCGGGGCCUACCUGAGGAUAUCAGUGCCCUGCGUGCCCUCAAGAUCCUCUGGCUGAGCGGGACCGAGCUUGGCACCCUGCCCAGCGGCUUCUGCGAGCUGGCCAGCCUGGAGAGCCUCAUGCUGGACAACAACGGGCUGCAGGCUUUACCCGCCCAGUUCAGCCGCCUGCAGCGACUCAAGAUGCUCAACCUCUCUUCCAACCUCUUGGAGGAGUUCCCUGCCGCGCUGCUGCCCCUGGCUGGUCUGGAGGAGCUCUACCUUAGUCGCAACCAGCUCACUUCCGUGCCGUCCCUGAUCUCGGGCCUGGGCCGUCUUCUCACCCUGUGGCUGGAUAAUAACCGGCUCCGCUACCUGCCUGACUCCAUCGUGGAGCUCACGGGCCUGGAGGAGCUGGUCCUGCAGGGGAACCAGAUCGCUGUGCUGCCAGACAACUUUGGCCGGCUCUCCCGGGUGGGCCUGUGGAAGAUCAGGGACAACCCGCUGAUCCAGCCCCCCUACGAGGUCUGUAUGAAGGGGAUCCCCUACAUCGCAGCUUACCAGAAGGAGCUGGCUCAUUCCCAGCCGGCGGUCCAGCCCCGCCUCAAGCUGCUCCUGAUGGGCCAUAAAGCUGCAGGAAAGACCCUGCUCCGUCGCUGCCUCACCGAGGACAGAGUGGAGGGGAACCAAGGAGGAGGGGACAAGGAGAAGAGCCACCCGCCUUCACCUCCUCCCGUGAGCAAGGGCAUCGAGGUGACCAGCUGGACAGCGGAUGCCUCCCGGGGCCUGCGGUUCAUCGUGUAUGACUUAGCCGGGGAUGACAGUUAUGAGGUGAUUCAGCCCUUCUUCCUCUCCCCGGGGGCCCUUUAUGUGCUGGUGGUGAACUUGGCCACCUAUGAGCCGCUCCGCUUUCCCACCACCGUGGGCUCCUUCCUGCAUCGGGUAGGAGCCCGGGUGCCUCACGCCGUGGUGUGCGUUGUGGGCACGCACGCCGACCUCUGCGGGGAGCAGGAGCUGGAGGAGAAGUGUCUGGACAUCCACCGCCAGAUCGCCCUGCAGGAGAAGCAUGACGCUGAGGGGCUGAGCCGGCUGGCCCAGGUGGUGGAUGAGGCACUGGCCCGGGACUUUGAGCUCCGCUCCGCCAGCCCCCAUGCAGCCUACUACGGUGUGUCCGACAAGAACCUUCGGCGGCGCAAGGCCCACUUUCAGUACCUGCUCAACCACCGGCUGCAGAUCCUCUCCCCUGUGCUGCCCGUGAGCUGCAGGGACCCACGCCAUAUACAGCGCCUGCGGGACAAACUGCUCUCAGUGGCCGAGCACCGGGAAAUCUUCCCCAACCUCCACAGAGUACUGCCUCGGUCCUGGCAGGUGCUGGAGGAGCUGCACUUCCAGCCCCCUCAGGCGCAGCGGCUCUGGCUCAGCUGGUGGGACUCGGCUCGCCUGGGCCUGCAGGCCGGCCUGACCGAGGACCGGCUGCAGAGCGCCCUCUCCUACCUGCACGAGAGCGGCAAGCUGCUCUACUUUGAGGACAGCCCGGCCCUCAAGGAGCACGUCUUCCACAACCUCUCCCGCCUCAUCGACAUCCUCAACGUCUUCUUCCAGAGGGAUCCUUCCUUGCUGCUGCAUAAACUGCUCCUGGGGACCAGCGGCGAGGGCGAGGCUGAGAGCCGGGGUGGAAGCUCCCCGCUGAUGGCGCCGCCCGCCCCAAGCCAGGAUGCGCUCCGGGCCACCCAGCUCCAUCAUUAUGUGGAAGGCUUUCUGCUGCAUGGGCUCCUGCCGGCCCACGUCAUCCGGCUGCUGCUGAAGCCUCACAUCCAGGCUCAGCAGGACCUGCAGCUCCUGCUGGAGCUGCUGGAGAAGAUGGGACUCUGUUACUGCCUCAACAAAGCCAAGGGCAAGCCUCUGAAUGGGUCCACGGCCUGGUACAAGUUCCCGUGCUAUGUGCAGAACGAGGUGCCCCACGCGGAGGCCUGGAUUAAUGGGACCAACCUGGCCGGGCAGUCCUUUGUGGCUGAGCAGUUGCAGAUUGAAUAUAGUUUUCCCUUCACCUUUCCACCCAGCUUGUUUGCACGCUACAGCGUCCAGAUCAACAGCCAUGUGGUGCACAGGUCGGAUGGCAAACUUCAGAUCUUUGCAUACAGAGGGAAAGUCCCUGUGGUGGUGAGUUACAGACCUGCCAAGGGGGUCCUGCAGCCGGACACCCUGUCCAUUGCCAGCCACGCAUCCUUACCGAACAUAUGGACGGCAUGGCAAGCCAUAACCCCCUUAGUAGAGGAACUGAAUGUCCUACUUCAGGAAUGGCCUGGACUGCACUACACUGUGCACAUUCUUUGUUCUAAGUGCCUUAAGAGAGGGUCACCGAAUCCACACGCUUUCCCAGGGGAGUUGCUGAGUCAGCCCAGACCAGAAGGCGUGGCAGAGAUCAUUUGCCCCAAGAAUGGCAGCGAGCGAGUGAAUGUUGCCUUGGUUUACCCACCCACACCAACUGUGAUCAGCCCAUGUUCCAAGUAUCUCCACACUUUCUUGGACAAUUAAGUGGAAAAGAUAGUCUUCUUUCCCUUAUGCCAUCAUUUUUACUGUACCCAAUCUGUGACUUUAGGAGCACCAAUUUUUAAGGGAAGAACGUUGGUGAAAAGCACAGAAACCAGUGACUUUUAUGGCUGUGGGAUUUCCAUGGAGAAAAGAGCAUCAGAAUGCACCUGGACCAUCUUUUGUACCCGGCAAACCCUCCACACUCCCUGGCGUGUUCUGUGAAUUUGAGUGCAUGUGUGUUCAGGGUGCUUUCAGGGAGGAAGCACACCUAGCCUCUAGACAAGAAAAGAGUCUGUGAAAUUUAGUAGAGCACUCUGAAAGCCUCCACAUCUGGUGUAAGACCGGAAGAUAGCGAGUUGCCUAACUGGAGAGCAUAAGCCCACAUUGGUUAUUUUAUAAAUACAGAGCCUCUGAUUGGAUGGUCUACUGCCAAGAACUAGUAAAACCCUGGUUUUAAAAUCUCUGCGAGGUAAAACUUAAAAAGCCAACCAACCAAACUGCUCUCUCUUCUCCUCCUCACCGGGGCCAAACAGCAUCUGCUGCAAUAGUAACAACAUUCUUUGAAGAGUGUGCCUGACUGUUUACAUCUGCCUCCUCUGUGUGUUGACUGAAAAUGUGUAAAACUGUUUCUCACCCCUGUAAGGCAAGAAAAAUGAGUCAGCUGGUAUUAUUCUUUUACUUCUUCUAUAAAGUAGUGACUCUUGGAAUGCCACAGUAUACGACGUCCCCACGUAUUUUUGAAAGAAGUAACAAGCAAGUGGCUGCAUUGUGAAAAAUCGUGAAUAAUUUUUGUAGAUUAUUUUGUGCCCCAGGAGGUAACUUUAUUAACUCCAGAACCUCAGUGAAACAAGUAUGACUUCUUAUAAUCAUAAAAUCAAAUGGGAUCAGACUAGUUCUGCAUUUUAAUACUUGAAUAUGACACCUCAAAUUUGCAUUUUCUUUUAGAACAGUCACGGGAUUCACCUUCUUAAUCCUUUUGUCACAGCUCUCCUGUGUGUGUGUGUGUGUGUGUGUGUGUGUGUGUGUAAGUGUAAACUGAAUGGUAACAUUUAAUUGCUUUAUGGACCAUUGAAUUGUUGGGCGUAAAUGUUUUUUCAAUCGGCACAAACAGUUCCUGAACUGUCAAAUUAACCAACUUUGACCAGGAAAAGACUUGUAAAUGACUUCAGGCUAACUCCCCAGGGGACCAUAUUAAAUGAAAAUAAAAAAGCUCCUUUGGGUGACAUACCCUGCAAAGUAUGUGCUCUUGUCAUGAACAUAGAUGCCCACAUUCUUAAUAUCUGCUAUUUUUGGACAAGUGAUGUUUUGUGCUGUCAUCUGAACCCUAGAGAAGCAGUAUCAGAAGAAAGUUUGGCGUCACAUAUAUUUUAGCAAAAAGGUCAUCAUGAUAGAGGGUCAUGUGACCAAAAGCAGCUCCAGAAAAGCUUGAGAACUUGCUUCACGGUUGGGGGAGGGUCAGAGAUACAGAAAACAUUCUGCUCUAUAGGAAUUUUCUUCAUUUAUGCAGGAAAUUCCAUUUUCUCUUUCAACACCUGGGAAGACUCAGCCGGGGAGGCUGACAGGCAAUUCAUAAGCACAAGGGGAAUCUUUUCCAACCAAGACGUCCCUGCCUCGCAAACAAAAGCCCUCCAAGUUUGUUAUGGUUUCUAUUCCUGCAUCUUGUGGUAUCAAAACCACUUCCUGGAAUUGUAAAAGCGCUGCCAGAACAAAUGUUUUUCCCUCUUGCAAGAAAAAACGACAGUGCUUGUAUUUCACACUUGUGCACUGGACUCUCUUGAAUGAAUAAAAUGGAAAGGGUUUGGUGUCAUUCCUGAUGAGGUGUGUGUUCUCUUUCAUGCCACAGUUUGUGAAUUGUAAUUGUGGUUUCCUAUUUAAUUGUCAUAACCAGGCAGAAAUUUAAAAAAAAAAAAAGUUUAAUAAAAACACAAAGAAAUGGUUAAGCA